AGCCUGUGAAUCACAUUUUCCACCUACAACACUGUUAGACUGGGCCCCUCCGAAGGAACACAUGCUGCCCAACUUUUUCUUCCUCACCGACAUCACUGAAACGAGUCGACGUGCCGCUGAGCAAGUCAGCCUGGAGCUACAACACAAGAUCAAUACAAUCGAUUGAUCGGGAACUUUUGUUUUGAACCUGAAGACUUCCCACACUUUUUUUGUCUUUCUGAUGGGAGAUCAUAAGCGCGCAUCGGAAUAAUGGCCUAUUCAUUACCAUGUCACUUUUAAUCAAUCAACACCAAUGGAGCCGUUAAAAUUAACAGAAGCAGCGUUGAUCUGCUGUGAUCGAUGGUAGUUAUUGAUAAAUGGUUGUUGAUCAUCGCGGAGUGAGAAUCGAUCAGCAUGGAUCUCCAGGUGAUUGUGUGGCUCUUCUACUGCUUUCUGCUGCCCACCGCGCUGUUAACAGCUUGUCUCUUUCGCUACAACAUCCUGUCGCUGGUUUAUUUCCUCUACCUGCUGCUCCUGCCGUGGUUCCUGUGUCCCAACAAACACACCAUCAGAGGUCACACAGGUCGCUUCAUCAGAGCAGUAUUCUGUACCAGUCUGCUGUUUCUACUGGCUCACAUCUGCUUUCAGACAGUCCUGUAUACAUAUCCUCCACUCAGCAUCGCCAUAGGAGACAACUGCUCACAAUGGGACACCAUAACCAGACAUAUAGGAGUCUCCAGGCUUCCCUUGGACGAUCCCUGGAGUGUGUUACGCCUUCUGUGUCCUGAUCUGGGCGUCUGCGUGGUUGCCUUGUUAACAGUUGUCCUCUGCAGCAGACUGGUCAGGAACAGAGAAAUGGUGGCUGCUGCCAAUAUUACAUCGCUAGAAGAAGACCCAGCAGAUAAAACUACAGAUGAAGAAGGAGGGGAGGAGGAUGAAGAAGAGGAUGAAGAGACAUCAGGAGGCGAAGAUGACGAUGAAGAGAGGUCAUUACCUUGUGACCCUGAUGAAGAGGUUUCCACGGCGACCAGAGCCAAGCAGCUGGCCGAGCGUCUGAAGGCCACAGCUCGGAAAGUUCUGCGGGACCUGGGGAGGAUCGUAGCCAUCAGCCUGCUGGCUUUGGCAGGCAUCACGCUGCCCUCUGCCUUCUCAGCCGUCUACUUCCUGCUUUUCAUCGGCGUGUGCACGUGGUGGGCAUACCACCUUCCCAUCAGUCACCUGGGCUUCAAUGCACUGUGUGUGAUGGUGGGCUUCUUCACUGCCGGUCACAUGGUUUGUCUGUACUUGUACCAGAGUCUGCUGGCCCAGGCCAUGUUCCCCUCACACAGUCUGUGGGCCAGACUCUUUGGAUUGAAGGACAUCAUCGUACCAGGAAACUGCUCCUCGACCUCUGACCUCAACCUCAAUGCCAACCAUGAUUGGCCAGUUUAUGUCAACCCAGGAAUACUGUUCCUUCUCUACAUCACCAUAGUAACUGUUCUCAAGACAGGAUGUCAUGGAACACCUAACCAGGUUGAGGAGCAGGAGCAGCAGGAGAACAAGGAGGGGUUAAUGGAGGAGAUGAUGGAGUUGAGGUCAUGGAAUCAACAGAAAGAUGAACAUGAAGCUGACACACAGCUCAUGAUCCUGCCUGUAGGAACAGGAAGCAGCAGAGGAGGAACUGUGGCUGAGGAGAGUCAGACAGAUCUGGGAGUUAGUGGCGCCCCCAGAGGCCAGAAGACUGAAAGCCCGUUCUUCCUGUUGGGAAAGGUGGUCAUGCAGCAGAGCUACGUCUGUGCUCUCAUCGCCAUGAUGGUUUGGAGCAUCACAUACCACAGCUGGCUGACCUUCGUGUUGCUGCUGUGGGCUUGUCUCAUCUGGAUCCUGCGUGCCAGACGGCAUGCAGCCACACUGUGCUCUCCGUUCAUCCUGCUCUAUGGCCUGGCUCUGUGCUGUCUGCAGUACGUCUGGGCCAUGGAGCUUCAGCCUGAACUGCCCACUACAGUGGGAACCAUGAGCCUCAGACAGCUGGGACUGGACCGAGCUCAGUAUCCCUGUCUAAGGCUGGGAGCUAUGCUUCUGUUUACUUUAACUUUCUGGCUGUUGGUGCGUCAGUCAGUGAAGGAGAACUUCAGCAGGAAGAGGAAAAUGGCCACACCACUACAGGAAGUCACUACAGAGGCGGCUGGUAAUGAGUCAGUGCUGAAGGUUCUGGGAGGCAUGGUGAUGAGCUGUUACGCCAAAUACUGGAUUUACGUGUGUGGAGGGAUGUUCAUCAUGGUCUCCUUUGCUGGAAAACUUGUUGGAUACAAGAUCAUCUACAUGCUGCUGUUCCUGCUCUGCCUCUGUCUCUAUCAGGUGUACUAUUCUCUCUGGAGGCGUCUGUUGAAGCUUUUCUGGUGGCUUGUUGUGGCCUACACCAUGCUGGUGCUCAUCUCCAUCUACACGUACCAGUUUGAAGACUUCCCUCAGUACUGGAGGAAUUUCACUGGUUUCACAGAGGAACAGCUGGCAGCCAUUGGUCUGGAGACAUUUGCUCUGUCUGAACUCUUCACCAGUAUUCUGAUCCCUGGCUUCUUCCUGCUGGCCUGUAUUCUGCAACUGCACUACUUCCACAAACCCUUCAUGAGAAUCACUAACCUGGAACACGUCACACCUAUACACAGGAAGAAGAACAGCGAGAGAACUGCGCAGAUUGGCUCUGGUAAUGUGGGCGGGGACUUUGAAGAGGAGGAAGACCUGGUCACUAACAUGGAUGAGGAAUCUGAAGAUGAAGUGGAGUUGAUGCCCAGUAAGUGGGGUCUGGUGAUGGACAGGCUACUGGUUCUGUCCAGACGAUUCUCUGACAUUCUCACCAAAGUUCAAGUGUUUCUCUGGAUGCUUCUGGAGCUCCACAUCCUCAAGAUGGUGGCCCUGUUCUCUGUCUGGGUUGCACUCGAAGAGCCGUCUGUGAUGAACCUGGUCCUGGUGAUCUUGUGGUCUCUGGCGAUGCCCUAUGGUCGCUUCAGGCCCAUGGCUUCCUGUCUGUCUACAGUCUGGGUGUGUGUCAUCAUCGUGUGUAAGAUGCUGUACCAGCUCAGUGUUGUCAACCCUGUCGAGUACUCCAGUAACUGUAGCCUGCCAUUCACAAAUAAAACCAACCUGUUACCAGAGGAGAUGAUGAACUCGUCUCUGUAUAAGGAGCCAGUGGAUCCAGCCAACUGGUUUGGCAUCAGGAAAGAUGCCACAGUACUGGGAUACAGCAAGAACCAUUUAAUAGUGCUGAUGUUGUUGGUGUUUGAGGCGACAGUGUAUCGUCACCAGGCUCACCACUACCGUCAGCUCCAACGCUCUCCCCCCACCAUCCCUGCUCUGUUCCCUGCCGCCACCAGGGACUCUCUGGACCAGGGCCUCAUACCCUGCUUCAAGUACCUGCUCAACUAUGCUUUCUACAAGUUUGGAUUAGAGAUUUGUUUCCUGAUGACGGUGAAUGUGAUUGGCCAGCGAAUGAACUUCUUGGUGAUAAUCCAUGGCUGUUGGUUGGUAGCCAUCUUGGUGAAGCGCCGGCGGGCAGCUAUCGCCCGGAUCUGGCCCAAAUAUUGUCUCUUCCUGUCCAUUUUCAUGAUCUACCAGUACUUACUGUGUGUGGGUAUACCUCCUGCUCUCUGUAUAGACUACCCAUGGAGGUGGAACACUCCAGUGUUGAUGAACUCGGCUCUCAUUAAAUGGAUCUAUCUGCCUGACUUCUUCACUGUGCCUAACUCCAAAAACCUCAUAGCGGACUUUGUGCUGCUGAUGUGUGCGUCUCAGCAGUGGAAGGUGUUUGAGUGUGAGCACACUGAGGACUGGAUGGUUCUGGCAGGAGAGAACACAGACGAGCCUAACCCAAUGGAGGGACGACUGUUUAACCCUGCACCCAACUUCAUUAACUGCAGGAGUUACCUGGACAUGGCUAAAGUUCUGGUGUUUCGUCACCUCUUCUGGUUCGUGCUGUCGGUGGUCUUCAUCACUGGAGCCACCAGGAUCUCUGUGUUUGGACUGGGCUACCUGCUGGCCUGCUUCUUUUUCCUGCUGUUUGGAACCCAGCUGUUGGUCAAAACCUCCAGGACCCGUCUGGCCCUGUGGGACUGUCUCAUCAUCUAUAAUGUGGCAGUCAUUAUAUCUAAAAACAUGUUAUCAAUAUUGGCGUGUGUGUUUGUGCAUGAAAUGCAGCAGGGCUUCUGUUGGGUGAUUCAGCUCUUCAGCCUGGUUUGUACAGUCAAAGGAUAUUAUGACCCAAAAGCAGUGAGUGACAAGACCUGCAGCCUUCCUGUGGAGGAGGCGGGAAUCAUCUGGGACAGUAUCUGUUUUCUCUGCCUGUUACUGCAGAGGAGAGUCUUCCUCAGUUUCUACUUCCUGCAUGUGACAACAGAGCUGCAGGCAUCUGCCAAACAGGCCUCCAGGGGGUUUGAGCUCUUCAGAGCCAGUAUCGUGAAGAACAUUAAGUUCCACCAGCAAACAGAGAAGAAGUCUCUGUCACAGCUCAAGAGAUCGAUGCAGAGAAUUCGCUCCAAGCAGCAGAAGUACAGAGACGGACACAAAACAAGUGAAGACUCCAGCGAGAGUCAGACUGCUGAGACUCAGACAGACAAGAAGUCCAGGAAGAAGUGGUACCAGCCAUGGCUGGACCACGCUACAGUGCUCCAUUCAGGAGAGUACUACCUGUUUGAAUCAGACAGUGAGGAUGAAGAGGAGCUGCAGUCUGAAGAACAGAAGCCUCAGAAACAGACCGCCUUUCAGCUGGCGUACCAGGCGUGGGUGACCAAUGUGAAAACAGCUCUUAGAGAACGUCAGAGACGCCAGCGACAGUCGAGGAGGAUUGAGAGAAAAGAGAAAGAGAGAGAAGGAGGGGUGGAGGCACAACAGGAGGCUUUAUCUUUAAUAGGUUGUAGCGACAAUGAUGUGUUUGAGGAUCCUGUCAUUCAGGAGGAGGUGGAGGAAGAGCAGGAGUCUGGUCAUGGUGAGAUGGUUCAGAGGAUCUUGGAUAUCUUGCGUUUCUUAUGGGCUAUAGUUUUGGCCAUGGUGGACGGACUGACUCAGUGGCUUAAUCUUCUGACUAAACAGUACAGAGAGACAUCUACAGUCCUGUGCAAUGAACGCUACUCGAUCAUACACAAGAUACAGCAGCAUCAAACAGCAGCAGACUCCACAGAUGACCAGGUGUCUCAGGGCAGUGAGAGUCCCACACUGGAGACGUGUUUGGACGAGACAGAUGCAGAAAAUACCACCAGAUACAGCUGCCUGGAGGUGGAUAGCAGAGGCCGGAGCACCCCCAGGCCAAGGCUCAACAGCACUGAGAAUCUCUUGAGACCCGAACCCUCAUCCAGCAGCAUGGAGCUGGUACCAGAGACAUCUAAACAACACAGACACUCCAGGACAGCCAGUGAGCUGCUAGGAGACAGGCAGGUCUUCAUAGAGGAGCUGGAGCAGAGCAGAGAGUUCUAUGUUAACCAGAACCGUGUGCUGAAGCUGCUGUUUGCCAUGUACAACUUGCUGGCAGCAAACUCCGAGCUGGUCUGCUAUUUCAUCAUUGUGUUAAACAAUGUGGUCAGUGCCUCUGUGAUAUCACUGGUCCUUCCCAUACUGGUGUUCCUUUGGGCUAUGUUGGCUGUUCCAAGACCAACAAAGAGGUUUUGGAUGACUGCUAUAGUCUACACAGAGGUGAUGGUGGUGGUGAAAUACCUUUUCCAGUUUGGAUUCUUUCCCUGGAACAGUGCGUAUGAGAUGACUCUGAAUGAAGACAAGCCUUUCUUCCCACCUCGCAUCCUGGGCCUGGAGAAGACUGACAACUACAUCAGAUAUGAUCUUCUUCAGCUGCUGGCUCUGUUCUUCCACAGAUCCCUGCUCAUGCGUUAUGGUCUGUGGGACCACGAGGGCCCCCUGGAGGAGCAGAGCCCUUCAUCAGAAAGUUGUAAGGAUGAAGGAAAAACUAGAGAAGGAGAUGAAGAUGGAAAGAAGCAGGAGGGAGCAGGAGGAGAGGAGGAGGAGGGCAGAGUUAGCUCAACAUCCACCCUGGACAACCUGGAAAAGACUGAACUGGACCAGCUUGAAAAGGAUAAUGUGGACCAUGUUCAACCGAGCGCCAGCUUUGCUGCUGCUAUCCCACAACCUCCAACACCUGAACCAACCCCCACUGGGUCAAAUGAUGGACAGGACACAUUGAAUCCUUCCAGCGGGCCGAGGGAGGAUAUAAUAGAGGGACACAAUGAGCAGGUGAUAGAGGACGUCCCAAAGAAAAGCAGCAGCAUCCGCUUCCGCAGGAAAUCUAAACAGCCCAAACAACAGCACAGCAAAGGUCUACCUGCUCCAGUGGAGGCCACAGCUGAGACCACAGAUCCCAGUAAAGAACCAGUGAGGAAGAAGCAGAAAGGCAGGAGGAGGGAGGCAGCCAGUCAGCGACUGCUGGCUCUGGGACACAAGAUAAAACACAUCUUCGUCUCUGGCAUUCAGAGUGUUUACAGACCAGCUCAGGGCUUCUUCAGGGACAUUCUCCACGCUGAGUAUCAGGCUGCCACUGAUGUCUAUGCUCUCAUGUUCCUGACUGACGUCAUCGACUUCAUCAUCGUCAUCUUUGGCUUUUGGGCUUUUGGGAAACACAGUGCAGCAGCUGAUAUAGCCUCCACCCUGUCAGAGGACCAGGUCCCCGAGGCCUUCCUGGUGAUGCUGCUCAUCCAGUUCAGCACCAUGAUCAUCGACAGAGCCCUGUAUCUGCGCAAGGCCGUCCUGGGAAAACUCAUCUUCCAGGUGAUCCUUGUGUUUGGGAUCCACCUGUGGAUGUUCUUCAUCCUCCCUGGUGUCACUGAAAGGAUGUUCAAUCAGAACUUUGUGGCCCAGCUCUGGUACUUUGUCAAGUGUAUUUACUUCGGCCUGUCGGCCUAUCAGAUCCGCUGUGGAUAUCCCACUCGUAUCCUUGGCAACUUUCUCACCAAGAAAUACAACCACCUCAACCUGUUUCUCUUCCAAGGGUUCCGUCUGGUGCCGUUCCUGGUGGAGCUGCGGGCAGUGAUGGACUGGGUUUGGACUGACACAACUCUGUCUCUAUCAAACUGGAUGUGUGUGGAAGACAUUUAUGCCAACAUCUUCAUCAUUAAAUGCAGCCGUGAGACAGAGAAGAAAUACCCGCAGCCUAAAGGGCAGAAGAAGAAGAAGAUAGUGAAAUAUGGCAUGGGUGGACUCAUCAUCUUCUUCUUGAUUUGCAUCAUCUGGUUUCCCCUGCUCUUCAUUUCACUGGUCAGAUCAGUGGUGGGUGUGGUCAACCACCCCAUUGAUGUCACAGUGACUGUCAAGCUGGGAGGAUACGAGCCCCUGUUUACCAUGAGUGUGCAGCAGCAGUCCAUCAAGCCUUUCACAGAGGAGGAAUAUGACCAACUCACCAAAAAGUUUGGAGACAAUGCGGUUGCCAUGCAGUUCAUCACGCUCUACAGUUACGAGGACAUAGUGAAGGCCAUGAUUGAAGGUAGUUCAGGAUCAGUAUGGAGGAUCAGCCCCCCCAGCAGACAGGAAGUCAUUAAAGAACUACUUGGAAGUACCGCUGACCUAACGUUACGUCUGGCCUGGACUUUCCAGAGGGACCUGGGUAAAGGAGGGACGGUGGAACACACCUUUGACAAAUACUCUAUAGACCUGGAACCCGGGAACCCAGUCAGAGCGGAUUUGGCCUCACUACUGGUCGGCAAUCGCACUAAACCUGUGCAUGUUCCUAAUAUGUUCCCCAACUACGUUCGUGCCCCCAAUGGAGCUGAAGCCAAACCAGUCAGUCAGCUGUAUGAAGGUAACGAAAAUGGUUACCUGAACAUAACCCUGUCCCUGAUGAGUGACAGGUCACUGAAUGAAAGUAGAAACCAGGAGUGGUGGGACAUCGCCAUCGCAGGCUGCGCCCCCUCCUCAUGCGGUGUUCUACCCAUGAUCAUAUUCAAUGACAAAGUCAGUCCACCGAGCCUGGGCUUCCUGGCUGGAUAUGGGAUCAUGGGUCUGUAUGUGUCUGUGGUCUUAGUCAUUGGAAAGUUUGUGCGUGGCUUCUUCAGUGAGAUCUCCCACUCCAUCAUGUUUGAGGAGCUGCCCUGCGUGGACCGCAUCCUCAAGCUCUGCACAGACAUCUUCCUGGUGCGUGAGACCGGAGAGCUGGAGCUGGAAGAGGAGCUUUACUCCAAACUGAUCUUCCUUUAUCGAUCUCCAGAGACUAUGAUCAAAUGGACCAGGGACAUCCACAGCCGAGACCAGGACAGAUACUGACUGACUGACUGACUGACUGUGUCUGGCUGUAAUAGAAUAUGUGAAGCACACUGCAAAGAUGUCCAGAUGGACAGCUCAUGGAAGGCUUCAUGAGGACAUCUCCUGCUGCUGGACUCCUGUUCUUCACAGCUGCCUGAGCACUUUCAUCCCAACACCUUACACUACCGACUAUUGAGAGUGGAGCUGCAGUCCCACUGUGGGUGGGGCUGAAGGCAGCUGGAUGUCUACAGGAUUGGAUAGAAUGUCCCUGGAAGGCAAAAUGAGUGGUGUUUGUAAAUGGUCAGAGGUUAAAGGUCAAACACAAAAAAUAUCUCAUUCCUGACCUCUGUGCAUUUAAAGCACACAGGGUGGAGGAUUAAUGGCUGAAUCCUGAACCAGCUACAGUUACUGCACCAGUAUGAAAACAUGCUGUCAAUCAAACUUAGAAAUGUUUUUUACAAUCAUUCAUUCUUGUAAAAUUAACGAACAUGCCAAGCAGCUGCCAUGGUCAAUUGACUUUACAUCGUGAACCCAGGUCAGAUUUAAAAAGCUGUGUCAGGUUAUUUGUACUUGGACAGAUGUUCUGAGUUUGUUCCAGGCCUCCACGUGUCCCAGGUUCAGGGGUAGCAGUUGAGAUAGGCUGGUGGGAGAGCUGUGGAUCAGGCCGAUGCAGAUCCUGCUGGUUGCCUUUCGACACUUUAAAAAUUGAGUUCAAUUAAAUUCAAUUAAAAAAGCUUUAUUCCAGUACAUGAGGCAGGGCGCACACACAUGCACAAACACACAUACUGUAUCUCAAUAAAACGACACAAACAACAUAAAGUGCUGUGUGCUCGGCUCAUCGAGUUACUGGUCGCUUCUUCAUUGUUCAUGACACCCUCAGACAAAUGUUUGAUUUGAAUGUGUCCAGGUAAAAUGUACUGAGGUGGAAUAAAGAAUGUCAAGUUUAACCAUCAAAAACAGUUUGGGUUAAAGUGCUGGUUCUGUGUUGUAAAAUUAAAACUGUCCUCCACAUUCAAAAGCCACGGGCCAGUUGCACAAAGCACCUUAAGGUUAAAUUUCUCCUUAGCUGAGGGAGUUACUUAUGGUUGUUGCACAGAAUAACGUCAGGAUUCCAUUUAGAAAAACAUUUGCAGCCAUGAAAGAGAUUUUACAGCAGUAAAAUUCUUGUUGGUCAGAAUAGGAAAGGGCAAGACAGAGGAGGAAAAGGCGAAACUUCUACAAAAGAAAAGACGUCCUUAAAAGUAAAU